CCCUCUUCCUUCAUUCCUCGUUCCUGUCUCUGUUUGUUUAAGGGCAGUGUGGGAAGUGUGUGCGCUGUUCAGAGGGAGAGUCAGUCUUACGACCAUGUUUUUCCUGACUCCAGUCCUGGUAGCAGUUGUCUGCAUUUUGAUCGUGUGGAUCUUUAAGAAUGGUGAUGGAAGCAGCAAGAGACGGAAGGGGGAGCCCAGAGCCAGGGCCGAGGUUCGUCCCUGGGUGGAUGAGGACCUAAAAGACAAUACUGAUCUCCACCAAGGGGAAGAAGAUGCCAAUGACUGGCAAGAGUCAGAGGAAGACGUCGAACAUAUUCCAUUCUCCCACACCCGGUAUCCUGAGAAGGAAAUGGUGAAGAGAUCCCAGGAAUUUUAUGCACUUCUCAGUAAAAGACGGUCUGUGAGAUUCAUAAGUAAUGAGCAAGUCCCCAUGGAAGUCAUUGAUAAUGUCAUCAAAACAGCAGGAACUGCCCCAAGUGGGGCCCACACAGAGCCCUGGACCUUUGUGAUUGUGAGGGACCCGGACGUGAAACAUAAGAUUCGGGAGAUCAUCGAGGAGGAGGAAGAAAUAAACUACUUGAAAAGGAUGGGACGCCAAUGGGUUACAGACCUGAAGAAACUGAGAUCUGAUCAUGUGAUGCUUCUGCUCAGAAGCUUACAGUCCCUCUCCAUCACCUCCCACACGAAGUCCAGGACUCUGCAAAAUCCGUGCGUAACCUGCCAGCCCACCCGCGCUCCACCUCGCACCCCAUCCUCCAGCCGAGCGGGCUUCUGGAAACUCCCCGACCUGCCAAGCGUCCUCCGUCCUGACUCUGCCUUUAUUCGUUGACUCACUAAGAUGUCCUCCCCAGUGCCCCUCUCCAUCCAGUCUCCAGCACCCCACCUCGAGGGAAACUUUGGAAACGUUCUUCUAAUAUUCUUAUUCAAAAUUACCGACACUUCAUUUGGAGGGUUCCUAAUGCAAUUGACUUAUAUUUCUUUAAUAUCACCUCCCGGGUUUUAGCUUGCUAAAUUUUACACACUGCCUUCUGGGUUAUAGGCUCCUUGUGUGUGCCUUUCUGCAUGUCAGGUGCCUUGCUACACUAGGCCCUCGUUAACACAUGCUUAUG